AUCUUUUACAACGCAUCAGUGUGUGCACGCUCCGCCACUGAGCGUGGACUAGUCACUAAAACCCCCUGCAAGACUCUAAUAUUUUUCCCCUGCAAGUCUCCUGGAGCAUUUGUUUCAUGUACCAAAAUUAGGGCACUCUUCAACGCGCUCAAAGUCCCCUGAUCUCUCUCUCUCUCUCUCUCUAUCUCUCGAUUUGCCCGAUUCUCGAAAACCCCAGAUACCGAUUCACUGAGUCGCUCCAACUUGCCCUUGUCCGAACCUUAAUUUGUCAAGCUCGGGAUGAAGAGCUCUCCGCGUAGAGCUCUCGACGUCUUCGAUUUCAAGGAAGAGGAUGAGCUUCCUGAAUUGGCCGCCGGUAAAUUCCUCGGGAAAUUCAAAAACUCUAAUCUCGAUAAUCAUGCCAUGUUGAAGUACGAGUUUCUCGAAUGUGUUGCCCCGGGAACUGAUGUUGGAAGAAAAGAAGUUGAUAGUAUACCUUGUGUAGAUGUUGAUGCAGCUGACUGUGACCAUAGUCAUGACAAUGCUAGUUCACAUACCCCUCUAGUCGCAGAGGAAGAGAACUUUGCUGACAGAGAAGAGUUCUCUGGUUCAGAUGCUGCCCUGCAUUCCUAUUAUGUUAGUCAUGAACAACGUCUUUUUAAACUAGCUACUAAUGAAUCCAGAAGUUUCCCUUCUGAACCAGAGAGAAAGGAUUCAAGCCUUGAAGUGCCUCAAGGGAAAGGCCAGACAGAUUAUCCCCUUUUGAAGACUCCAUUCAGUAAUGAGCAUGUUGAUGUGGUCUCAGAUGCUGAUGAGAGCCUGAAUGGGAAUGCUCCAUCAAGUCCUACUUCUGAAAUUGCAGAAGAUGUUUCAUUGAAUGGUUGUGCAUCGGAUCAUUGCUUCGGCGACAUGGAAAUGGAUGACGUAAAUAUGGAGGUUGUGCUUUGUCCCGAUUAUGUUGUAUAUCGAGAUAUUUAUUGUACAAGCCCCCAGUUAAGUUUUUCACGCGGUUGUAUCAAAAUCAGUGGUUCAACUCCACAUGGAAAUGAAGGAAGCUUUGAAUUUGAAUGGGGCAUCGACGAUCUUGUCGACAUUAGGUGCCAGUGGAUGCGAAAAGUUGAGACUGUCAUUAUAAAGCUCCAUGUAAUAGCAAAGGAUACAGUUCAAGCCAAUAAUGUAUGUAGCACUUCAGGCAUUGAGGAGUUGAAGAUUGCAGUUGUCGACCCUAAUUGGUCCCACAAACAGAAAGCGAUAACCUCUUUGCAUAUGAAAUACUUGGCUAUGUGGGAUCUUGUGCUUGAUUCUGACUUGGAAAUGGAUGGGAAUGAUUUACUUGGACGGAGGCGUUAUUUUCCAAAUUUCGAUGAGCCUUUUGAAGAUGUUAUCUAUCCAAAAGGGGAUUCUGAUGCUGUUUCCAUCAGUAAGAGAGAUGUUGAUCUAUUACGACCAGAUACAUUCAUAAAUGAUACAAUAAUCGACUUUUACAUCAAGUAUCUGAAGAAUCAGAUUCAACCUGAGAAAAGGCACCGUUUCCACUUUUUUAAUAGUUUUUUCUUUCGGAAGCUGGCUGACAUGGACAAAGAUCCAACAAGUGCUUCUGAUGGUAGGGCUGCUUUUCUACGUGUUCGUAAAUGGACAAGGAAAGUUGAUAUUUUUGAGAAAGAUUACAUCUUCAUUCCUGUAAACUUCAAUCUACAUUGGAGCCUAAUAGUCAUAUGUCAUCCUGGUGAAGUGGCUAGAUUAAAGGAUGAAGAAUUGGACAAGUCACAUAAAGUACCAUGCAUAUUGCAUAUGGAUUCUAUCAAAGGAAGUCAUACGGGUAUCAAAAGUCUUAUUCAAAGUUAUUUGUGGGAAGAGUGGAAAGAGAGGCAAAAGGAGGCACGCGAAGAUAUCUCGUCUAAAUUCCUUAACCUGCGGUUUGUCUCACUUGAGCUACCACAGCAGGAGAAUUCAUUUGAUUGCGGUCUGUUUCUGCUUCACUAUCUGGAGCUGUUUUUGGCAGAAGCUCCUGUUGAUUUCAGUCCAUUCAAAAUAAUCAAGUGCUCCAAGUUUCUUAAUGUGAAUUGGUUUCUACCUGCUGAGGCUUCUCUCAAGCGUACGCUUAUCCAGAGGUUAAUCUUUGAACUCCUUGAAAGUCGUUCUUCAGAAGCCUCUUCAGCUGCUUGCAGUGACGAAGACGAGCCCUCUGAAUUUGCAGAGUACCAUAAGAACAAAACUAGUGUAGAGUUUCUUUCUGAGAGAUGCAGUCCUGCAAUAGUUCAGCAAGGCAAUAUAUCUAGUUCCCAAGUUGGCCAGGGGAUUGAGAUGACUCUAUUAUCAGCAUCUUCUAUGAGUUCCCAGUGUGUUAACAAUGAAGGUUUGGUUCUCAAAGAGUUUCUGGAGUCAGGAGCCUCUGCAGGAUCAUUACUUGAACGAUAUCCAUCUUUUGGCCACCCAUCAUCUUAUUACCAUCUCAAUGGUGCUAUAUCACCAACAGAGGAAGAUGUAGAAAACGGUGACCGUUUUGGGUAUUUGCCCUCUGGUGAUACUGGUAUUCAGCAAAUGAUUGGCAUCACGCCUCAAGCAACCAGCAUUGCAUAUUCAUCGAGAGAUUUUAUAGCUGAAACUUCUUAUAACUUAGGGAUCUCUGUGGAUGCAGUGCAUGACGAUGUUGACUCAUCCCCCGAAACAUCAAAUUAUGCCUCUGAUGAUAUAGAAAUAGGGUUCAUUGAAAAUUGCCCUGAUGGAGAAGAUGUGGGUACAAGUCAAAAAGAAGAAACAGAUGAACGAAAAUCAUCACCAACAGAAAACAUCGAGUGUUUGACAGAAACCCAUGUUUCUGCUGCCAGCAAUUUGCUGGAUGCUUCUGCUGUUGAAGAUAACAGCGACCCUGAUAAGAUGGGUGAUGGUAAUGGAAACAAUGAUCAGCUUCCCAUCCAUGAAGAAAAUUCAGUAUCAUUGCAUGAUGAUAUAGAUAAUGGGGAGGUUGCUUGUGAUAAUGUGCUGAUGAUUGGUGAUGAUCAGAUUGCAGAGUCAGAUGGGGAACAGGCUGCAAAAAGGCCGCGGCUUACUCCACCCCUUGAAGGGGAAUGAAAUCUCAACACUCGUAGGAUAGAACAUCAAAGGUCUCCCCCUUUGUAAGUAGGACCGGAGGUGAAUUUUCUGUUUCUUUUACUGUUCGUCUUCUCUCUUACUCUAGGAAUUGAUUGCUGUGCUGUGAAUAGAAUUGUGACCCUAUGUUAACUAUUGCUGGUAUAUGGAUGAACGGACAAAAAAUUAUUAGAUACAAUUAAAUAUCAGUAACUUUACUUGCCCUGCCAGGACAAGUUUUCCUUUUC